GUCUGUUGGAGCCGUCCUGAGACUGAUCCAGAGUGCCCCUCCAGCCCUGCCAUGAGGCUCAUCCUGUCCCUCCCGGUCCUGGUGGUGGUUCUGUUGACGGUUUUGGAAGGCCCAGCUCCGACCCAGGCAGCCCCGGACCUCUUCAGCACCUUGGAUCGCAUCCCAGACAAGCUGAAGGAGUUUGGAAACACCCUUCACGACAAGGCCCUGGAAAUCAUAGAACGCAUCAAACACAGCAAGUUUGCUGACAAGACCCGGCAUUGGUUAUCAGAAACAUUCAAGAAAGUUAAGGAGAAACUUGACUCUGAGAUCUGAACACCUGGAGGGCCAUACUCCAGGAGGGGGCUCUGAAACCUCCCACACCCCAGUGCCUGUGUCAAGGACUCCCUCCAUGAUGCCCAGGCCCCCCCUG